UCGAUCUGAGCCUCACCACACCGUCUGUGCGUCAAUGAUUCACGUCAAACAGUCACACGCCACCUACCAUGAUGGAUCACACACGUGCUGCCACCCUGAAGAUUUGCAUUCCUUUGCAAACGGAAACCCACGUUCAGGUCCGCUUCUAGCCUCCCUGGACCAUGACUUAUUCAUUCCUCAGGCAUGCUCCGGUACGGAUGCACGCAUCCAGUGCCUGAGCCUCGGAUAGUCGCCUGCCUGCCCCACAGUGAGCCUUGGAAACGCGGCGCCAUUGCCCUCAAGACUUCGAAACACCGCACCCUCCGGCACCAAACAUGUCUGCAGAUUUCUGGGCCGGCUAUACCUCAGGCGCUGUAGGCAUCCUUAUCGGGAAUCCUUUGGAUCUCGUGAAGACGCGCCUCCAAGCGGGAAACGCAGCGCCUCAUGCCGAGCCUACGGGUACCGUCAUAGGUCCCGCACCUGCUGCGGAUGUGAGCCCACGGAGCUUUAGACAGCACUUUGACCGUGCGGGAACACUCGUCAAGGGCACCACAGCGCCCCUUCUUGGCUACGGCGCACUCAACGCGAUCCUCUUCAUGACCUACAACCGCACGCUCACACUCCUCCACGACACUCCUGAGCUCCCUACCUCGCUCGCGAAAGUCUGGUGUGCUGGUGCCGCCGGCGGCCUCGCAUCCUUCGUCGUCAGCGCGCCCACAGAGCUGAUAAAGUGCCGCGCACAGGUCUCGACCGAUCAUGCUACCAGCUCGUGGACGGUAGUCAGGGACGUGUGGAAGCGGGAAGGAAUACGCGGGCUCUAUUAUGGUGGUGGCAUAACGAGCAUACGCGAUGCCUUUGGGUAUGGGUGGUAUUUUUGGACAUACGAGUGGAGCAAGCAAGCGGUGAGCUCUCCGACAGACACGGACAGAGACACGGCCAUCAAAGUGCUUCUCUGCGGUGGGUUGGCAGGUGUAGUCACCUGGGCAUCCAUCUUUCCGCUUGAUGUGGUCAAGACCCGCGUCCAGACCCAGUUGAUCAACGCACCACCGCAUGGAGAGAGUGAGACACUGCUGCCGCAUCAAGCGCAUGGAAAGCGACUAAGCACGCUCCAAGUAGCUCGGAACGCUUACCAAGCGGAGGGCGCCCGAGUCUUCUUUCGCGGGCUUGGAAUCUGUAGUAUACGCGCCUUUGUUGUUAACGCGGUCCAGUGGGCUGUCUAUGAAUGGAUGAUGCGCCUGUUACGGCAACCUUGAG